AAGAAAGGACUUUAUGCAAUGGCAGCACCAGAAAUUCCAGCCGAGGUGGCCGUCAGUCAUAUAACCUAUGUGAUGGGCUUGCAUUUACCAGGACAGCCAGCUGCUUCGGCUUCUUCGGCUGCGCCUGUCAGCUCCUCCUCCUCCUCCACCUCCUCCUCCUCAUCAAAUCAUCAUCAUUCCCACGCGCAUCCACAUAUACAACAUUCUCGUCAUGCUUCGGUCAUCAUAGAGACGGCAGGAUCUCCGCUAUGUGGCAAGGAUGCGCACUAUGAGCAUCAGUUGACGCCACAGGAUGGCAGCGUGCGUUCCGUGCGCUCCGAUGAGGGUUAUCACAGCAACGAGUGCCAGGAGGAUGGCCUUACUCCGCCCGAGGAUUCCAGUGAUAGCGAGAGCGAGCACAACUAUGUCCUUGAUUGCUCCAAAAAGGCUAUAGCACCCAAGGAAACGGUUAUAGCGCAAACGCAAAAGCCCAGCAGUGUCACGCCCCCAGCGCCCACCACGCCCAUGGCGACCACGCCCAGCUCGGAGGCGGAUAAAAAUGAGUAUCGCAAAUUUAAAGUGAAAAUGCCGCUGAAAUAUGAAUUCAAACAUAAAGCCUGCAUCAAACAGGAUGUGGAGGAGCCGCUGCCGGCGGCAACAGUGGCACAGCAGCUGCCAGAGUUGCCAGACUUGCCCGAGGAGGCGACCACAACGACCACUCUCGGCGAGGAGCAUGUUGCUCCAACACAUGCCCAUGUGGAGUGCACCAAUACACAACCCGCCAGCUCCACAGUGAUUGUGCUGGAACCCACCAGGACUAUAGUGCCCUUGAGUAAACCGUAUUAUGAGUCCGAUCCCAGUCCGUUGCCGGGCGAGCGUUAUGUUAGAUUUAAUCAGCCCAGUUCGAGCAUUUUGGAAACCAUCUUGACCAGUCAGCAUCGCUUGGAGGCGGCUUGUCGUCAGGUCAAUGCUGCCACGCCUCCGCCCACAUCGCCCACUGAAAUGGCGUACAGUUAUAAGAAAUCCCAGCGAUAUGGCAACGCUGUAAGUCCCGAUUCCAGCUCGAAUUUGGGCCAGGCGCCGGAAAUCAACGCACAACUGGCGGCUGGAGCAGAGGAAAUGGCUUUGGGUUUGGGUUUGGCGGGCAGAGCAGCUCUAAUCAAGGGUGAGUGCUCACCGCCACCAGCUGCAGUGCAUCAUCAUCAUGUGAUCUAUUCGCCGGGCCAACACUCGCCCAAUUAUGCCGGGUAUGCGGCUUAUGGCGGUGCCACCUCCACGUUCCACUCACCGCCGCACAGUUCGCAUUCGCCGUUCGAUCGACAGUCGCAGGGUUCCGUCUCCGUGUCCGGCUCCGUCUCCGGUUCCGGUUCCAGCUCCAAUCUGCAUCUGCUGCAGAGCAGCACACAAAUGCUGAAUCAUCCGCUGAUGCAGCCACUGACACCGCUACAAAGACUGUCUCCCCUGAGGAUAUCGCCGCCCAGCUCACUGUCGCCAGAUGGCAACUCUUGUCCACGCAGUGGCAGCCCUUUGAGUCCCAAUUCCUUGGCUUCGCGUGGCUAUCGCUCGCUGCCGUAUCCGCUCAAGAAGAAGGAUGGCAAAAUGCACUACGAGUGCAAU